GUUUUUCCUCCAGGAAGUCCAGCAGAGCCGUCGCUGCACCGCCUGGCCUUUCCCUCCACCUCCCGCUGGGCGGGGCCUCCCGGAGCCGCCAUGUCGCCGCGGCAACGGUGAUGUCCGGACCAGGACCAGGACCAGGACCAGGACCAGGACCAGCACCAGCACCAGGACCAGGACCAGCACCAGGACCAGGACCAGCACCAGGACCAGGACCAGGACGGGGGUGGAGUCACGGAAACAUUCCUCGGUUCGUGGUUGGCUCUGAUGAUGAGAAGGACAUGGGCCAGACGGAGGCUGGAAUGAAGAGCGACAGGUUCCCGGAGGACAUGGAGGACCCGGACGACGCGUCGCCGUCGGAGCGGCAGAUCGUGGUGGGCAUCUGCGCCAUGAUGAAGAAGUCCAAGUCCAAGCCCAUGACGGAGAUCCUGGAGCGGCUCUGCAAGUUCGACUACCUGGACGUGGUGGUGUUCCCGGAGGAGGUGGUGCUGGAGGAGCCGGUGGAGCGCUGGCCGCUCUGCGACUGCCUCAUCUCCUUCCACUCCAAAGGCUUCCCUCUGGACAAAGCGGUGGAAUACGCCGAGCUCAGGAACCCGCUGCUCAUCAACGACCUCAACAUGCAGUACUUCAUCCAGGACAGGAGGGAAGUUUACCGGAUCCUUCAGGAGGAGGGAAUCGACCUGCCUCGCUACGCCGUGCUGAACCGGGACCCGGACAAGCCUGAAGAGUGUAACCUGGUGGAGGGGGAGGACCACGUGGAGGUGAACGGGGAGGUUUUCCCCAAACCCUUCGUGGAGAAACCGGUGUGUGCAGAAGACCACAACGUCUACAUCUACUACCCGACGUCUGCCGGAGGAGGCAGCCAGAGGCUCUUCAGGAAGAUCGGCAGCCGCAGCAGCGUCUACUCCCCGGAGAGCAGCGUACGGAAGACGGGCGCCUACAUCUACGAGGAGUUCAUGCCGACGGACGGCACCGACGUGAAGGUCUACACGGUGGGGCCGGACUACGCCCACGCCGAGGCCCGGAAGUCCCCGGCGCUGGACGGGAAGGUGGAGCGGGACAGCGAGGGCAAGGAGAUCCGCUACCCCGUCAUGCUGACGGCCAUGGAGAAGCUGGUGGCCCGCAAGGUCUGCCUGGCCUUCAAGCAAACGGUGUGUGGCUUCGACCUGCUCCGGGCCAACGGACAUUCGUACGUCUGCGACGUGAACGGCUUCAGCUUCGUCAAAAACUCCAUGAAAUACUACGACGACUGUGCCAAAGUCCUGGGGAACAUGAUCAUGAGGGAGCUGGCACCGCUGUUCCACAUCCCCUGGUCAGUCCCCAUGGAGGCCGAGGACAUCCCCAUCGUCCCCACCACCUCCGGAACCAUGAUGGAGCUGCGCUGCGUCAUCGCCAUCAUCCGUCACGGGGAUCGAACCCCCAAGCAGAAGAUGAAGAUGGAGGUCCGACAUCCUCUGUUCUUUGAGUUGUUUGAAAAGUACGGCGGCUACAAAACCGGCAAACUGAAGCUGAAGAAGCCCAAGCAGCUGCAGGAGGUGCUGGACAUCGCCCGGCUGCUGCUCGUGGAGCUCCGGCAGCACAACGACUGUGAGAUCGAGGAGAAGAAGUCCAAGCUGGAGCAGCUGAAGACCGUCCUGGAGAUGGAAUCCAGCCUGAUUGACACCCAGUACGGCCACUUCUCUGGGAUCAACAGGAAGGUCCAGCUCACGUACCUGCAGCACGGCAAGCCCAAGGCCUCCAGCGAGGAGGAAGACUCCAGGAAGGACGGGCUGUCGCUGCUGCUGGUUCUGAAGUGGGGGGGUGAGCUGACGCCGGCCGGCCGGGUCCAGGCCGAGGAGCUGGGCCGGGCCUUCCGCUGCAUGUACCCCGGAGGACAAGUAGCUGGUAGGCGCCGCCCCCUCGGCUGGGAGUCUGGGGACUUUGGUGACUACGCCGGGUUCCCGGGCUGCGGCCUCCUGCGCCUGCACAGCACCUACCGCCACGACCUGAAGAUCUACGCCUCCGACGAGGGCCGCGUGCAGAUGACGGCGGCCGCCUUCGCCAAGGGUCUGCUGGCCCUGGAGGGCGAGCUCACCCCCAUCCUGGUCCAGAUGGUGAAGAGCGCCAACAUGAACGGGCUGCUGGACAGCGACAGCGACUCCCUGACCGACUGCCAGCAGAAGGUGAAGGCCCGGCUGCACAACAUCAUGCAGACGGACCAGGACUUCCUGCAGGACGAGUACGAGAAGCUGGCGCCGACAGGAAGCCCCUCGCUGGUGAACUCCAUGAAGCUCAUCGAGAACCCGGUCAGAACCUGCGACAAGGUGUACGCGCUGAUCCAGAACCUCAACUCGCAGAUCCGGAAGAGGCUGGAGGACCCCAAGUCUGCAGACCUGCAGCUGUACCACAGCGAGACGCUGGAGCUGAUGCUGCAGCGCUGGUCCAAGCUGGAGAGAGACUUCCGCAUGAAGAACGGACGCUACGACAUCAGCAAGAUCCCAGACAUCUACGACUGCGUGAAGUACGACUCGCAGCACAACGCCUCGCUGGGGCUGGAGGACACGGCCGAGCUGUUCAGCCUGUCCCGGGCGCUGGCCGACAUCGUCAUCCCUCAGGAGUACGGCAUCAGCCGGGCGGAGAAGCUGGACAUCGCCCAGGCCUACUGCGUCCCGCUGAUGAGGAAGAUCCAGCUGGACCUGCAGAGGACGCACGAGGACGAGGCCGUCAACAAGCUGCACCCGCUGUACUCCCGGGGCGUCAUGUCCCCCGGCCGCCACGUCCGGACCCGGCUGUACUUCACCAGCGAGAGCCACGUCCACUCGCUGCUCAGCAUGUUCCGCUACGGAGGCCUGCUGGACGUACGCGCCGCCCUCAUGGAGGAGAAGGACCAGCAGUGGAAACAGGCCAUGGACUACCUGAGCGCCGUGACGGAGCUCAACUACAUGACGCAGAUCGUCAUCAUGCUGUACGAGGACAACAACAAGGACCCGUCCUCGGAGGAGCGUUUCCACGUGGAGCUGCACUUCAGUCCAGGAGUUAAAGGCUGUGACGAUGAAGACAACGUUCCUCUGGGCUUCGGGUUCCGGCCCGCCUCCUCAGAGAACGAGGACAAGAAGCCCAACCAGGGCAGCCUGGAGGACCUGACCCGGGACCAGCGGGACCAGCCGGACACCCCGGACCAGCCGGACCAGGACCCGGCGCUGCCCGUCUCCGAGCCCUUCAGCGUCCCGCGCCGGUCCCCCAUGGUCCGCAGCCGCAAGACCAGCUCCAUGGAGGUCCUCUCGGAGACCCCCCCAGGCAACACCUCCAAGGGCGGAGCCUCCCACCGGCUGUUCCAGUCCUGCUCACGGCAGUCCCCGGAGAUCAAGCCUGCAGGCUGGCUCCGCCCCGGCCUGUUCGGCUCCGCCCCCCUGGGCGUGUCCCCGGGCGUGUCCUCUAGCGCCCCCAACCUGCGGGACGUGGUCCAGCAGCAGCUGGUCCAGCAGCAGCUGCAGCGCCGCCAGCGGCCGCCGCUGUCGCCCGGCAGCCUGCCCUGCAAGAUGGGCAUGUUCGAGCUGUUCUCUAUGCCGGCAGUAAAGAGAUUUUCUGUGUCGUUUGCCAGGCAUCCGACCAACGGGUUCGAGGGCUGCUCCAUGGUUCCGUCCAUCCACCCGCUGGAGACGCUGCACAACUCCCUGUCCCUGAAGCAGGUGGAGGAGUUCCUGAGCCGGGCCUGCGAGGGCAGCGGAGACGCCCACGCCAAGACCAUGAAGGCUCUGUCGGGUUUGUUCGACUCCCAGAGCAACACGUCUCUCUACAGCCUCCAGCAGCCGCUCUGGUCCUCCCGGUCCGGGUCCGAGGCGUCGCUGCAGCCGCCGGGCCAGCCGCUGUGGCACGGCAGCAUCCCCUCCAGCGCCGUCUCCAGCGCCGGUCCCUCGUCCCCGACCACCGACACGUCCGCCAUGAACUUCAGCUUCAGUGAGUGACGGAGACCGGGACCGGGACCGGGACCGGGACCAGCACCAGCACCAGAGACCGGUUCUCC